GGGUGUUUACUUUCUUUCAACCAUUCAACUUUCCUAGCAUCAUCGUCUUCCUAACUCAAACCCUAACCCUUUAAAUCGGAUCCGAUCGGGGAUUUGUAGUCAACUCCAGUAAUUUGGAAGCUUCUGUCGAAAUUCACCAUGAAAGAGCGAAAAUCGGCCAAGGCUAAUCUUCAGAAUCAGCAACACCAUCACAAUGGUCACUUGUCUCCGUUCAAGUUUGCAAAACUGUUUGAUCCUGACGCUUCUUGGGACAAGGAUCAACUGGGUGAUGUAUUGCAUUGGACCAGACAAGCUACAGCUCUUUUGUGUGGGUUGAUUUGGGGAGCGAUUCCUUUGGUUGGUGGCUUCUGGUUUAUGUUGUUUCUUGCAAUAUCCUCUGGGAUUAUCUAUGGUUAUUAUGCACUGAUACUAAAAGUUGAUGAAGAAGAAUUUGGUGGUCAUGGAGUUCUCCUGCAAGAGGGGCUUUUCGCUUCCAUAACACUCUUUGUGCUUGUUUGGACUCUGGUAUACAGCCUCUUACAUUUCUGAUCCGACCUGCCAUGUUGUUGAUGCACUUCAGUCAUUGAGGAAGAAAAGCUUCUCUACUUUUGUAUUGCCUUCCGUCGCCUCUUAUUUUAGCAUAAGGAUUAAAGUUUAUUUUAGCCGAGAUGUACGAGCCCAUUUUUUUUCACUCCGGACAUGGAAGUUCUAGAAUUGAUAAUGUUGGUUUAGCCGCAACUUGUGCAAUAUUAUUUUUGCACUCGGUUUAAAAACACUAGCAUUAGCUUUGAGUUCGUGAUAGUGUUUUUUUUGUUCUUGCUAUUGAUAAGCCAUUGCUUCUGAACUUAACAAUUGCAAUGGGCAGCCUUUUUUACUGGCUUUCUUUCCCACUUGAAGAUUGUGUAUGUGAUAUGUACUUCGUGCACUAGUUGUCUGUU